CGGAAGCGCAUUCUGAAGCCCCGCCCAGCAACCAUAGAGUGCCGGAAGAAGGCUGGGCAGGAGAGUCUGAAGGGGACGCGUCGGUGUCGCGGUGUGGGUGGUGCUGAGAUGACUACCUUAGUGCUGGAUAACGGAGCUUACAACGCCAAAAUCGGCUACAGCCACGAGAAUGUCUCGGUUAUUCCUAACUGUCAGUUCAGGUCAAAAACAGCACGUCUUAAAACUUUUACUGCUAACCAGAUAGAUGAAAUAAAAGACCCUUCUGGACUCUUUUACAUCCUUCCUUUUCAAAAGGGCUACUUGGUGAAUUGGGAUGUUCAAAGACAAGUUUGGGAUUACCUUUUCGGAAAAGAAAUGUAUCAGGUUGAUUUUUUAGACACUAAUAUUAUUAUCACAGAACCAUAUUUUAACUUCACUUCAAUUCAAGAAUCAAUGAAUGAAAUUCUAUUUGAAGAAUACCAGUUCCAAGCAGUAUUAAGGGUAAAUGCUGGGGCUCUCAGUGCACAUCGGUAUUUCCGUGAUAAUCCUUCUGAGUUAUGCUGUAUCAUUGUAGAUAGUGGAUAUUCCUUUACACAUAUAGUUCCUUACUGUAGAAGUAAAAAGAAAAAGGAAGCAAUUAUUCGGAUAAAUGUGGGAGGAAAACUCUUAACCAAUCAUCUAAAGGAGAUCAUAUCUUACAGGCAGCUACAUGUUAUGGAUGAAACACAUGUGAUUAAUCAAGUAAAAGAAGAUGUAUGCUAUGUAUCUCAGGAUUUUUAUAGAGACAUGGAUAUUGCAAAGUUGAAAGGAGAAGAAAAUACAGUAAUGAUAGACUAUGUUUUGCCUGACUUCAGUACAAUUAAGAAGGGCUUUUGUAAGCCAAGGGAAGAGAUGGUGUUGAGUGGAAAAUACAAAUCGGGGGAACAAACCCUCCGUCUGGCCAAUGAGAGAUUUGCUGUUCCAGAAAUACUCUUUAACCCUUCUGACAUAGGCAUUCAAGAAAUGGGGAUUCCAGAAGCAACUGUCUAUUCUAUUCAGAACCUACCUGAAGAAAUGCAGCCACAUUUUUUUAAGAACAUCGUUCUGACAGGAGGAAAUUCCCUUUUCCCAGGAUUUAGGGAUCGGGUUUACUCAGAAGUUCGGUGUCUUACUCCAACAGAUUAUGAUGUUUCUGUCGUGCUGCCUGAAAACCCUAUUACUUAUGCCUGGGAAGGUGGAAAAUUGAUAUCAGAGAACGAUGAUUUUGAAGAUAUGGUGGUUACAAGAGAAGAUUAUGAAGAAAAUGGACAUAGCGUCUGUGAAGAGAAAUUUGAUAUUUAAGAAACUUUUUGAAUGAGUCUUGACUGAGAGGUUUAAUUUCAGUGUUCCUUUUAAAAAAAAGAACUGUGUUACCUUUAUCCUAAGAAAAAAGACUUGUCUUUAUGUAAACACUUUGAUCCAUUGCUCAUUUUCAAAGCCUUCCUAGCUGGGUGAGUUAAACUAACUCAGCCCUGUUUUCAUUUAAGGACUAGACUACUCCAACAGUGCUUCUGCUGUGUCUAAGAGUAGAUUGUUUUUCAUCAGAAGCUGAAAGGGUGAAUGCAUUUUAAAUUUAAUUCUUCAUACCUGAAGGUACAAACUUAACUGUCUUCGCUGGUUAGUUUUCCUUAGAAGCUAGUUUUGUGUGACUGUGACUAGGACUUUUAAAUAAAGUGUUUUAUUUUAAAAUGUUUCUUAUUUAUACAUACUAAAGUUGGAACGACUAAUCUUAUGCACGCAUAAUUUCUUUUUAACUUAGAGUAAGCUUGAAAGGGUGGAAACUAAAGCUAAUUUUUUUAAGCUAAUAAAGUUUUUUGGUCAUUA